UGACCUAAAAGUUUAAUAAAUGAGUAGAUAUGACACUUAUGUAGCCAAAGGCAUUUUUCAAAGUGUUUUAUGAUAUUAGUUAAUGCUUGGAAUUUAUCUAUUUUCUGAAAUCAAAUAAUUACAUAAUGUAAUCUAUAAAACUACGAAACAGACAGUCAGUAUAAGUUUAAUGGAAAAUAAUACAAAAUGGUUGAUGUGAUGACGGAUAUUAUGUAGCCUACCAUGGAUGACAAAACAGAAGUAAAAAAUGAACUUGAAACACAUCCAGUAGAGGCUUUUGAAGCCGAAAUCGAACACGAGGGAAAUGAUAUCAAGAAAGGGACGUUACUUGGUAGGAGGGCAAAAGACAUGGAAUAUAGACAUCGACUUUUUCAUACGGCUUGCGUCUUUAUCAGUAUGUUUGCACUGGGAUGGAGAAGCGCUUUAAUUGGUCCCACUUUCCCCGAUUUAAGACUGAUAAUAGAUGAAGAUCUUUCAACUGCGUCCUGGAUAUUUACAGCAAAAUCAUUGGGAGGACUGCUGGGUUCAGUCUGUGCAGGAUUUGCCUACGACCACUUCAAUAAAGUCGCCGUUUUCAUCUCGAUUGUCCUUGGUAUGGGUGUUGUGGCAGCUAUCACUCCCUGGUGCUUUCAUUUUGCUGCGAUGCUUGUUGUGCACGUUUUUCACGGGGUGUUCGCUGCUGCAGUUGAUACAGCUGGUACCGCUGACAUGGUUGUUGUGUGGAAGCAGAAUGCUGGACCUUUUAUGCAAGCUGUGCACUUUGCAUAUAGUGCCGGGGCAAUUGUAUCACCUUUGAUUUCGCAGCCGUUUCUAGCCGAAAGAAUUAACGUUGAUAGCCAGUACGACUCAGUUCUUUCAAAUUCGUCUACGGUGACAUCGAUAUACCAGAAAGUAACUACAUCGCCAUUAGAUGUUAGAGAUAUCCCUACACAACCUGGAAUUUAUGUCAACACCACAUUAGUAAAAUACGGAAAAACUCAAAUUUACGUUCCAUAUAGUAUAACAUCACUUGUUUGCUUAGUAUCGGCAUGCUUGUAUUUGCUUGUGAGCUUUGCAUAUGGUAAUAUCUAUAAGGUUUCUCUAAAAGAAUUCUCAAAAAGGGAAACAGAUAUGUCCAAAAUACGAUACUUCCUAGGUAAGAAAAUGAAAGUUAUAUUUACAAUACUUUUAGCAUUGGUGUUACUGUUUUAUGUUGUAAGUGAACACUGCUUUAUAGGGUUCCUUAUGACUUUUAUCAUAUCAGAGCUGAAGUGGAGUAAAGCAAGGGGAUCCACCGCCUCCUCUGUCUUUUGGAUUGCAUUUGCAAUAGGGCGUUUAUCUGGUGUAAUAAUUGUGAAAUUCGUGAAUAUUUCUACAAUGAUUGUUACAUUUUUCUCAAUUUUAAUGUCUGGUGCUGUAUUACUUUUGCUCGCUGUGGUGUUUGGUAAAGAUAUUCUAGUUUGGGUUUCCAUUGUUAUUGUUGGGUAUGGAAUGUCUGCCAUUUUUGGGUUAGUCUUCUCGUGGCUAUCUCAAAACGUUAGAACGCUUACAGGUAAAAUGACCAGUAUUUUCUUUGUUUUCAUGUGUGUUGGAAACAUGGCGAUACCACUUUUAGUUGGACACCUUAUGGACAAAAUUUCACAGAUGUGGUUCAUUUAUUCGCUUUUGACUUUGAGCGUCGUCAUGUUUGCAUGUUUCAUAUUUGCCCUGGUAGUUUUUAAUUUACUGAAGAAAGUUCAUGAACAAUCCAGUAAGUCGAAGACUUUAAUAACAGUUCAUGAUACGGAAGGAUGAUUUGAAAAAAUAUGCAAAGUAAGCUAAAUGUGUGGGUAGUAGUAAUGAAUCUUUGCUAGGAGGUCUCAAGUUUGAAUUGUAUAAAGUGCGAAAUUCAGGUGCCGCUUCCGCGAUCCUUUUAAUUGAUACAAUCAGUCAAGGGCCAUGGUACUUUGAUUACUGCUUCAUGUACACUGAACCGCUUUAGAAACGCACCACUUACACAGCUCUUAAUAACUCCUAUUUUACACACUACAAAAAUGAGACGCUUUACUAAAGUGAAAGUCAAAUAAUUACAGUGUAUGCCUUUCGCCUGAUAUGCUGAUCAAAUCAGCGAAUAUAAAUAUCAUCAUUUUUUCUUCACUUUAUUUUUCGUUACCUAGAAAUAUGGAAAAUUUCAAAGAUCAAAACAGCCCCAUGCGAUGAGCGUGGUAAUUGGAAUUUCCAUUUGUGUUGUAAAAUCAAUCCUAUGUACCCUAGGACUGAAAAAAACGUGGAUAUUACCCAUGUCUACAUCGUGUAAAGAAAAAAAAUAAUUUUAGGACAGAUAGGGAUUUUCAUCAAUACUAGCCUCAUAUUUCUCAUAAAAUUUAUCGCAGACCGGAAAUCAUGAUAAAAAUUCCUAAAUCAUUUACCCCGUCUUCACGCAUGAGUGAUUUAAAAAUAAAAUAUCAGAAAUUAGAGAAUCAACUUUAUGCAUAUAUUCACAAUUAUUUUUUGCCUGAACAUAAAAAAGCGUUGUUAUUUUAAAGCGGUUCAAUAUAUAUUUUGAUGGUUAUGAUCAAUGUAGAUUCCAGUCACUGCUUCUUUGUUUCUUUUGCUUUGCAUUUCAUAUCUGUUUAAUGACGUUACGCGCAAUAUCUUUGCAAAGUAUUAUAAAAAGUACAAUAGUUCUAUGGGAUUUAAAGAUGUAUAUGAAGAAUGAUAAUAACAAAAAUAUUGCCAUGUUCUUACAAGAAACACAUUUUAUCUUGUCUUUAUUGAAAGGGGGUAUCUUUGCAAAUGAAAUUAGACUGUUGGCUAAUCAACCUCUUACAAAAACAUAAAUGUUCAGGUAGGUUUAUUUGAUAGUUUAUAGCUUCGGUAGCUUAAUUGUGGAGUACCAAUGAAAAAGUGUCUGUAGCCCUCGUGCUGUUAGGCACAACAUUAAUGUGGAACUGGCUUCCCUUUUUUACAUGUGGCGGUAGAAAACCUCAGAAAUGAGUUGUCGAGGGUGAUAAGUAAAAGUUAUAGAACUUGUUUCAAAUUGAUAAUAAAUUAAUAUAAAGUUAUAUAUAUAUAUAUAUAUAAAAUUCAGCUGAAUAAAAAAUGUUAUUUAUGUUGAGAAAUUAUUGGCUUAGCAAGAAAUAUAAAUAUUCAAUAUUCAUGAAUGCAAAAUAUAUUUGUGAUUCUAUGUUUGAACAAUGCUCUCUUUUCAGCUGUGGAUUAUUUUUUUCCUUUUAGAUCGAAUAAAAAUGAAAUUUUAAAUGCUGGGAAAACAAUAAAUUUCAAGAUAUUAUAAUAGGCAAAUUAUCCAGAUGGAAAUGUUGUUUUGAAAGUCAAUGUCAGUUUAGAAAAUAUACCUUCCUUUCUAUAUUUUUAUCUAUGCUCUAUGUUGUCGGUAUUGAACCAUAAUUUUGAAUCUGUUAGACCUCUCAUUGAAUGUUAUCCCUAUUUUGAGAAUGACUAUUUUUUAAAUUAAAUUCAGGUCGGAUACGUAUGAUCAUGAAAAGUUUCUACAUUUGAAUCAAUUAUCUAUUAUUACCUAAUUGUAAGAUAUUAUAAUAAUAUUAAGAUUUGCAUAAAAUACUUGAUCAAAAUGUACAUUCCAUUGCUUUAAGUUUAGUUAAUUGUUUCAUAUGAAAUCUUUGUUAUGCAUUUUUGUUAUGCAGUGCUGUUAAAGUGAAUAUUUAGAUUUAUAUUCCAGUAGAUAUAUCCCACCUAAUUGGUAAAUGAAAUUUAUGUUAUGCUAAACAACCGUAAAAGAAAAAUGUUUAAUUCUUCCAAAAAUGUGAAAAGUUUCCAAGUUAAAACUGUCUAUAAAUCCUUCCGGAAAAUAUAGAAAAAAAUACCAAUUUGACUUGAAAAAUACACAUUGGAAACCAUUUUGUUUGCAACUUGGAAAAUCUCAAAGGACAUGUUCGAAUAAGAAAAAACAAGGCAUAUAUUGUUUUAAUAUCAUAUGAAGCAUAUCAAAUAAAUACGGAACUACAGUACAUAUACAGUGUUUUCGAAGAGGAGCGCUGCCAAACUUAUAUCCGUGUUGUUAUUUGCUCCUGACUAAGUAUAGAUUUCUAAAUUUACCCUGUCUUCAAUAGUUUCGAAACAGAAUGUAUUGAUAUAUCUUCUUCUUAACUUGAUAAUACAAGGUUUAAUGAUACCGGUUAAAUAGGAAUUUAUGAACAGAUUUAGAUAUACUGAUUAUUAGCCUUUUUCAAAUAUAUUUCUUUCGUAAAUACCUUUAUAAUUCAAAAUAAAAUGACAAUAUUGUGUUUUGAUCACGUGAUAUAACUUAGUUUUGACACAUUCUAAUUAAAUCAGUUUGAAUUCUGUGAGAAAAUAUAAUGUAUUGACAUUUGGCAAUAGUAUUGUUCAGCCAUUGGCUUUUCUCAGGCAAAACAAUGUUUUAUUGACAAUUUUGAGAAUUCAGAAGGUCUUGGCAAUUCACAUUAAGACAAUUAGAUAAACAUCUAGACAUUUACCGCUUAUGUAGUAUAUAGAGUUUAUCAAUGUCAAAGAUUGAAUAAGAUCAAAACUUUUAGAGAGAUUUAUGAAUUAAUAUGUACAGAAUGAAUAUAAUGACAAAGUAAAAUAAGUACCGAGCAAGUACACUGCGGAGAGACAGAAACACUGCGCAGCACCGCAUCGGAUAGGUCAGUGGAAGCAAACAACACACGGCAGUUUACAACAGUUAAAGCCCUUCUCAUAGUCAACAUCAUACUCAAACAUACGAAAUAGUGUAAAUACACGUAAAACUAGCGAAUCCCUAAAACAUGUCAUUAUAACGAAAGGCACGUCAAACACGAACAUUCUGAUGUGAUAUAGCCUAACGAAUCAUAUACGCAGAUACUCAAUUUAACUUAUACAAAAGGAAAGUUUCUAAACAAUAUCCCCAAUACAGUCAGGGUGUGAUAUACUCAUAUUCCUUGUGGUAGAAUUGUUUGGCAUUACCAGUACUAUUAACUUUAGGUCGAAAUAAUUGCCCCUUACCAGUGUGGGUUCGAAACCUCGCUUUAGGUGUAUAAUGCUUUCAUGUAAGGUAACUAUCGAGCUGGCAUACGUCAUGUCGGUGGUUCUACUCGGUGUCAACCUAGGCCUUAAAUAAUGCCUAGAACAGCUUACGAUCUUCUACCACUAUCAAAAACCGCUGGAAUCUCAUCACAUUACCUAUAAUUGUGUCGUUGUGACUUUGAACCCAGCAAAAACAAAAAGGAGAUCAAUUUCAAAAAAAAGCCUGAGCUACGACAAUAAAGUUUGAAAAAAUUAAUUACGUUACUUACAGGACCGGUAGAGUGUUAAUUCCAAUAACUAAACGUUACUAAAAGUAGUAAUGUAUUUGUACUGAAAUUAAACAUAUAUGACCAGUAUGGGGUCGAUAUAAGUGGUCGUGAGACCUGGUGUGCGAGAUACCGAUAUUUUGCACACUUCUAACGAUACCAGACACACGUCCGGGUGCGCAGAGAAACAAUCAUCAUUUUCUUUUACAAAAAAUCCCAUAAUUUCGCUAGAUUUCUCUUUUAAUGUGGUGAUGUAAGACUGCCACAAAAACUACGGUCAUAGAAUGCAUUAAAAAUGUUGGAAGGAAAUAAGGUUAAUGUUAUCAGACAGCUUUGACGUUCCCGCACAUUACACGCACAUAUUUAAUUAUUUUGCGAAUGGAUCAUACGCAAUAAAAAUAUUAUAAACAAGGCUGGUGUGCCUUGAUAAUAACCUCCUAGUAUAUACAAAUGACAAAACUAAUAACCAACUAUAUGCAAAGCUUGCAAUGGAUACUAUGAACUAUGAAGUAACCGGUAGAUGAAGACAAUAAAUGCCAAAUUACAAAAUAAAAGCAGAACCACUGGAACCGCUUAGGUCUACCUAAAAACAAUAAACCAUAAAAAGUAUGCUUUUGUAUGUAUUUUAGUGUAAUCUGAGAUAGUUUAGAUAUGUAAAAGAA